GAUGGUCUUUCUAUAUAUAUCAUCUCCCUCCUGCUACUUCCGCCUUCCCCACAACAAACAAAUUCAUGCCCUUAUUGAUAAGGCAUCCUCCCAGUACCCUCAGGGUAUGUCGGAUGUAGAUAUGACUUGAUGCCUGUAUUCUUUGCCUUCCUUUGGUGCCUCAGCAGUUUAUGUUUGAAAGAAAUAAAAUAAAUACAGCAUAUGAGUCAACAAAACGCCACCGUAAGAAACCAGAAGGAGAGCCCUGCUAGAAGAACGCAUUCUUCUCCCUGCAAUGUCCAGCCAGAGACAUCUCCCCUCCAAAAUGGAUGGCGGCCCUCAAAAUUUCAAGGCUGUCCUUGCUGCUGUGGCUGCCAUCUUCUUGCAGCUUGGUGGUGCUGAACUGAUAUAUGCAGAGAAAGGCUCUUCGCCGGAGCUGCCGUGCCCAUGUCCGUACUGCUCCAGCGAACACGGGGAAGUAUCCUGGUACCUUGACCAGCAAAGCAGACCCACCCUUCUCUUUUCCAAGCGGGAGAACGGCCCCGUGUCUCGUCUCCCAGAGGCCUGGGAUCGCCUCAGAGUGCUUCCAAAUUACUCCCUUCAGUUUAGCAAUGUGACGGACAGCGAUCAUGGCCGAUACUGGUGCAGCUCAGGCAAUUAUUACGACCUGGUGGUCACCACAGGCACUAAGUGGAUGCUGGAGAGCAGACGGUCUGAUCUUGUGUGCUACGUCCUAAGCUGCUCUUUCACGAGAGAGGAAUCAGGCAUUGAUGUGAGCUGGUGGGAAGGCAAGAAGGCUCUCCGGGAGCAAGGCGAGAAGGAGAGAGACUACAGCAUCUUCAAAGGCCACAGGGCAUCUCAGCUCCACAUUUGCUUGAGGGAAGGGAAGGAGACCAAAGAGAGAAGAAUGAAGUGCAGCUUUGCUGAGAAGCAGGAGAUCACCUUCCGUUUGACGGGGAGGGGACAGGAUUCGUGCGGCUGCUGCGGUUGGCUGCCCUUUCCUCGAGGAAAAGUAAAAGGUUUAACGCCUCCAUGCCCAGAAAGUGAAGGAAAUGGGGGCACCUGGAUCCCACUGGCUGUUUGUGUCACGCUGCAGUCUCUAGUCAUAUUCGUGCUGGGAGUGCUGCUAUGGAGAAGCUGUCGCCAGAAGCAUCCAGCCCACCUCGAGCAGCUCAGGAAAGGUACGUGCUUGGAGGUUCCUGUUCUAACGUGGGAGUCGUGA